AUUAAAGCCUUUUUUCCGAACUUUCCCCCGCCGUGUUUAGUUAUUCCAGCUGCUUACCUCAACCGAAAAUCAAUUAAAAAAACAAUUGCAGGGAGAGAGCGACAGAGACACUCAGAGCAGAGCAGAGCGGAGCAGUGUGUUGUGGCCAUCGCUUAUGGGGCUGCUAGCAAAUGCCCUGGCCAUCGCUUUCUCCGCCUCCAAUGGCUCUUUCGGCACUGAUUCCCAAGACAUCCACUUCGGCAACCCCUGGUGGUUCGUCUACGCCGGCGUUUCCUGCCUCCUCGUACUCUUCGCCGGCAUCAUGUCCGGCCUCACCCUCGGCUUGAUGUCCCUCGGACUCGUCGACCUUGAGAUUCUCCAGCGCAGCGGAACCUCUUCCGAGAAGAAACAAGCUGCAAUCAUUCUGCCUGUCGUUAAAAAGCAGCAUCAGCUUCUCGUUACCUUACUUUUGUGUAAUGCUGCUUCCAUGGAGGCUCUUCCUAUAUAUCUGGAUAAAAUUUUCCACCCUGUUGUUGCUGUUAUUCUCUCUGUCACUCUUGUUUUAGCUUUUGGUGAGAUUAUUCCACAGGCAAUAUGCUCUAAAUAUGGACUUGCUGUUGGUGCAAAUUUUGUGUGGCUUGUGCGUAUUUUGAUGAUUAUUUGUUUUCCGAUAGCGUACCCUAUUGGAAAGCUUCUUGAUUUGGUACUGGGACAUGGUGAUUCUUUGUUCCGGCGUGCUCAACUCAAAGCCCUUGUCUCUAUCCACAGCCAAGAGGCUGGAAAAGGUGGUGAACUUACUCAUGAUGAGGCUACCAUCAUCAGUGGGGCACUUGAUUUGACUGAAAAGACUGCAGAGGAAGCAAUGACACCUAUUGAGUCUACCUUUUCUCUGGAUGUCAAUUCAAAAUUGGACUGGGAAGCAAUAGGAAAAAUUCUUGCCAGAGGCCACAGUCGUGUUCCUGUAUACUCGGGGAAUCCGAAGAACAUCAUUGGACUUCUACUGGUUAAAAGCCUUCUUACUGUGCGGGCAGAAACAGAGACUCCUGUUAGUGCUGUUUCCAUCAGGAGGAUGCCUAGGGUUCCUGCAGAUAUGCCCUUGUAUGAUAUUCUCAAUGAGUUUCAGAAGGGUAGUAGUCAUAUGGCAGCUGUAGUGAAAGUGUGCAGGAAAUUUGAGAAUCACCCUAAUCAUGAAAGUGAUAAAGUUCGAGGUGCCAAAUUUGAGAAUGGAGAUUCCCACUUAUUAACAUUACCCCUGUUGAAGAAGUAUGCUGUGAAGGCAGAUAGUAUUGUGGUAAAUGUUGACAAUAACUCACUAGAGAAAACAGCAAGUAAUGGAAGCGCUUUUCAGCAAAAUGGUGCAGUGACCAAUGGUUAUACUGACCUUUCCGAUGAUAUUGAUGAUGGCGAAGUCAUUGGGAUCAUCACUCUUGAAGAUGUUUUUGAAGAACUUCUACAAGAGGAAAUUGUAGAUGAGACUGAUGUUUACAUUGAUGUGCAUAGAAGAAUACGAGUUGCCGCAGCAGCAGCAGCUUCAUCUGUGGCUCGAGCACCUUCUGCUAGGAGGGUGACUAGUGGUCCAAAAGCUCCGGGAGGUCAAGGAAAGCAGGUGAAGGCAAAUAAACCAGCUGAAGAUGAAUCAAACAGAUAACAUUGGUGUGCCAGACUGGCUCUGACUGUCUAUUGGGUUUUCUAUGUAAGUAAAGUGUUUCCCCAGCUUAGGGUCAGAUGCUGAUGCCAGAAUUUCUUUUUGCUUGUGGCCUGCACCGUGUUAAUAUCAACAUUAGAUGACAUUUUCCAUCUCGGAAGACCAUGCAUAUGCUUGAGACCUUCUAUGCACUGUUUGGAGAAGAAAUGUUCCCUAGGGUUUGAUUCUUAGUGUGUGCAUGUGUGGUGUUGUAUUCCAUGUUCAUAUAACAUUUUCCACAACAGGAAGGGCUAUUUAUUCGGGUGCAUGAAAGUAGCAAUUUUGAUCUUCACUGUAAUCAAGAUUCUCUUUGCCACUGUUUGGUUCUAAUCUUUUCCUUCAAAAUUUUACACUAGUUUAUUUUACCAGUUUGCUCUGUUGCGUGGUCAAAUCUUGAACUGUUGUAUUUGUACUUGAAAUGACUCAAUAUCUCUAAUUGGGG